AUGGCUGUGGACUUUGGAGACCACGCUAGCGGUUUCCGCCACAGGGAGGUGAUCAAAUUUAUCAACAAUGAAGUCCUCAUGAAUGGCGGUGGCCCAGAUUUCUACCUGGCCUUCCGCUCGCGGCCCUGGAAUGAGGUAGAGGACCAGCUUCGGGCCAUUUUGACCGAUCCUCAGGUGCCGCGCUCCCUUAAGAGGGUCUGCACCUGGAGCGGCCUGGCGCUGAGUGUGCGCGUGGCCGCAAGGCAGCAGGAGCAGCAGUCGUGCCGGAUCCGGCAGCUGCAGCAGCAGGUGGAAGAGCGUGAGGCGGCCACCUGGGCUCUGGCCACUCAGCUGCAGCGGCUGCGCAUGGAGCGUGAUGAGUCGGUCCAACAGCUGCGUGCCACGCAGGCCGCCCUGCAGCAGGCGAAGGAUGAGCGCGAUAUGCUGCGCAGGAAGCUGCUCCGGGCCGAGGGGUCUUCCCAGGCUGACUCGCUGGCCCAUGAAAUAAAGCCCGGGCUGCGAGUUGAGCAGCAGGGGGCUGCAGCUUGGCCCCAAAACGUAGAGCCACAGAGAGAGGUGGUGGCUACACGGGCACAUGGUAGGCUGUAUUGUGAGUCCCAGAUGCCAGCCCCAGCAGCAGUUGUCUACAUGCGAGGACCUCCGGGUUCCUGGGCCCAGCCCAUGCACCCUCCUAUGCCAAUGCCAGUGCCACCGCCAUUCCCAUUACACCCACCAUUUGUAAUGGGGUCCCCAUUUGUGCCACCUCAACCACCUGGACUAGUCACAGAAACAGAAACAUCAGUAGUGCCACUACAGAUGUCUGGUAUGGGGGUCUACCCACCUGGCCCAUGCACUGCAGUGGGCUUCCAGGCGAUGGUCUCUCAGGGGGACCAGAGGAGCUAUGUCCAGGAAGAAGGUUCGAAGAGUUUCCAGGGGUCAGCCCCCCUAGGGGACAGCAGAAGCCACAGCCAGGAAAAAGGUCCAGAGAUGCCCCAGGGGAUGGCUGCCCUGGGAGAGAGCAGUGACCACACCCAGGAAGAAGGUCCAGAGAUGCCCCAGGGGAUGGCUGCCCUGGGAGACAGCAGUGACCACAGCCAAAAAGAAGGUACAGAGGUGCCCCAGAGAAUGCCCCCCCUUGGGGACAGUGGGCACCGCAGCCUAGAAGAAGAUCCAGAGAGGCCCCAGGGGGAGAGCCAGAGCCAGGAAGAAGGUCCAGAAAGACCCCAGAAGGUGGUCCCCUUUGGGGACUCUGGAAGUCAAAGCCAGGAGGAAGAUCCAGAGAGGCCCCAGAAGACCAUCCCCCUGGGGUCUAGCAGAAGCCACAGCCAGGAAGAAAGUCCAGAGAGACCCCAGGCGACCUCGCUGAGGAGCCAAGAUGUGAAAGGAAGCCCAAAGAAACAGCAGCCUCAGGGGCAGAAAGCCAAGCAACCAAAAGGGAAAAAAGCCUCAAAAUCACCGCAACAAGAGAAGGCUGCCCCAGGCUACAGUCCAGAGAAGUGGGACUGUCCAUGGUGUAAAGCGAUGAAUUUUUCAUGGCGCACGUUCUGCUAUAAAUGUAAGAAAGUCUACAUGCCAGUUGAGAGUGGAGGCCUUGACCCGGGACAGACUCACUGA